AUGAGAAUCUUUUUCAAUGAUUCCAAUUUAAGAAGAGAGCCAAAGUUUAUUGUGUUCUUUACACAGUUACUUGCUCUCUUCAAAUUUUGCCAUGCCUGCAAAUGUGACAAUCCUCUUGUUGAAGUUCCAGAAAAUAGUACAAUGGCAGAAGUGACCUCCAUAUGUGCUAACCCGAAGUGUGGCAAGACAAGCAAAUGGUUCAGUCAGCCAUAUAUAACAGGCACAAUGGUUCCAGCUGGCAAUUUAUUACUUUCAUUUGGAAUUCUUGUUGCUGGCACAUCAGCCACCAAACUCCUGAGAGUAUUCCAGCAUAAGGGAUUGAAAUGCUUCUCACUUUCAACUUUUUUUAAGCAUCAACAUGAAAAAUUAUUUCCUGUGAUAUAUCUUCAUUGGAAAAAGUAUCAAGAGGGAUUAAUUUCAAAAUUGAAAAACCAAGAUGAUCUCAUGGUAUCUGGUGAUGGAAGGCAUGACAGCAUGGGUCAUAGUGUCAAGUAUUGUGCCUACACAAUAUUUUGCUGUACAGUUCCAUUCAUCAUGCAGAGAAACAAAGUGGGUAGCAGUCCUGCAAUGGAGUACAAUGGGUUUGUAUGGGCUAUGGAAUAUCUUCUGGGCACUGGCUUACUCAUGAAGACUUUUGCUUCCGACCGACAUUCAGGAAUUGAAAAACACAUGAGGGAAAAGCUGGCCAGCAUCAAACAUUACUUUGAUGUUUGGCAUCUAAAGAAAAAAAUCACAAAAGUUUUGACAAAAAUUGCAAAAGUUAGUGGAAAUGAGAUUUUGAACGAGUGGAUUAAACCAUGUGCAAACCAUCUAUUUUGGAGUGCCAUGACCACUAAAGAUGGAAAUUAUGAAGUUAUUUGGGCUAAGUUUUCAUCGUUCUUCAGCCACGUUGUCAACAAGCACAAAAAUCUCAAAAACCCCAUUUUGAUUAGUGUGCUCAUGGAGAUGAGAUUCAACCACGGAGUGGCUAGAUGA